AGCAUACAAAUUCCGCUAUCGACCAAAUACAGAAAUAAACUCAGAACCAGAGACAAGAGAAGCAAAGAGAAAUACAGUCAAAGAGGCAAAAAAGAAAAACAGAGGGAGGGAUACAAAGAGAAACAAAAUGUCUUGCGCUUUGGUGGUGCCAAACUCUCCGAUUUUCUCACCGUCGAAAAUUCCUUCCAUCUUUUUCAGAUCAUCAUCUUUAUCUUCUCCUUCUUCAUGUUCUUCCCCUAGAGUCCUCCAUGGCCCGCCUCCUACGCCGUCACGAUCUUCGUCUUCUACAGCGCCUUUAGAGUCUCGGUUUCAGAGGCACGAGAUAAGUGGCUGCAAGACGGAGCCUUCGGGUUUGGCUUUGAAGAGGAAAAGGCCGAUGAUGAUUGAUAUUCCAGUAGCGCCGUUGAGUUUCAAGGUUGAGUCGCCUGAUGGAGCGGAGAGAGUGGACGUGGUGGAGGUUGAAGAGGAUGAUUACUCGGUGUAUUGUAAGCGAGGGAGAAGGGGUCCCAUGGAGGAUCGCUACUCAGCUGUUGUUGAUCUUCGCGAUGAUUCGAGACAGGCCUUCUUUGGUGUGUUUGACGGACAUGGAGGGGCAAAAGCAGCCGAAUUUGCAGCCAAGAACAUGGACAGAAACAUUAAGGAUCGUUUGACCUGCGGAAGUGAAGAGAAAAUCGUGGAAGCAGUCAAAGAUGGUUAUCUAACCACUGAUAUCGAUUUUUUGAAGGAGAAUGUUGGGGGUGGUGCAUGCUGUGUGACUGCCCUAAUGCAAAAGGGCAACCUUGUGGUCUCAAAUGCUGGUGACUGUCGUGCCGUUAUGAGUCGAGGAGGUGUUGCAGAGGCCCUUACAUCUGAUCAUCAUCCUUCUAGAAUAGACGAAAGAGCUAGGAUUGAAACAACGGGUGGUUAUGUAGAUUGUUGCCGUGGGGUUUGGAGAAUACAGGGCUCUCUUGCUGUUUCAAGAGCAAUUGGAGAUCGACAACUUAAGCAAUGGGUGAUAGCAGAACCAGAGACUACAAUCUUAAGGAUAAACCCCCAAUGCGAGUUUUUAGUGUUAGCUUCUGAUGGUCUUUGGGACAAGGUUACCAAUCAGGAAGCAGUAGAUGUAGUUCGCCCUUUAUGCGUUGGUACCGAUAAGCCGGAGCUGUUUUCUGCUUGUAAGAAGCUUGUUGAUCUGUCAAUAGGGAGAGGUUCCAUGGAUGAUACAAGUGUGAUGAUAAUCCAAUUAGGUCGUUUCGUCUCAUGAUUUGAUUUUAGGUAAAAGGAAAUUCAGACCAUGACAAUCGACUUUUUCUUCCACUGCAAGUGAGUUUUUUCAAGAAGCUUGCAGCUUCAGAAAUAAGCUAGGAAGACAAAUUCUUCUGGGAGCGGAGCGGUCCUCUGUAUCUGGUUGCUGUCAAAGAUGGCGGCUUUAGAAAUGACACUACCAGAAAAGCCAUUGUGGUGUAGAAUGGCAAAUCACACCGUCAAGGAAAUGACAAAUUUUAUGCUCCCUUUGAUUUUGUCUCAGCAGUAGGAAGAGAGUAUCAGAAAACACAUUUCAUGAUCCUUGUAACUGUAAAUUUUCCCCCUUUCAAAGUUAAUAAUAAAUCAUCAAAUUAUUUACCA